AAUAGAAAUAUCACAUGAAAGUCCUGUAAAGUUAUCCCAGGUAAAAGCUCUCAUUAUGCAGCAGAAUGACCCCAGGCAAAGUUAUCUAAUUUUAUUGGGCCUUAUUAUUUUGAAAUAAAUUAAUAAUAAUAACCAGAAUUAUUCUUGUUGUAGCUUAUAUACUGUUGGGUUAGUUUAAUCUACAGAAUAAUCAUAUUUUAACAGUUCACCACAGGCCCUGCACGUUUAAUCCUUGUCUGCAAAGUAACUACUAACUUUAGCUGUCAAAUAAAUAAAGGACUAAAAAGUAUAAGAAAUUGGAAAAACUAAAAGUAAAGUACAAGUAGUUCAAAAUUGUACUUACAGUACUUGAGUAAGUGGAUUUAGUUACAUUUCAGCACUGUAAAAGGAUGACACACAUGGUCAUGAGUUAUUGACCAUGACAAAGAGUGAAAAGUUAACCUUUUAAAAAUAUUUAAAACACAAUAAGUAUAGAUUUGUAUUAUUAUUAUUAUUAUUUUUUUUUUUUUGUAUUAUUACCUGAUGUGCCAAAUCAAAGCCUAACAUUUACCUGGGAGAGAGAGCUGCUGGUGAUAAGGCCUUGAUGGGCAAUAAAUCUAAAAAUUGUUUAUCAGUGUUGGGAUUCAUUCAAAAACCAGAACCAGUAAUAUUUAUUUUGCCAACAUGCCAUGCUAAAAUAUAGUUGUUGUUUUUUUUAAUGAGCAAAUAUUCUAGAGCUAUGUCUGCUCAUUCCUUUAGUCUCAGCUGAACUUGCCAUGAAGAAAUUCAGGUUUUUCUGACAGUGACUCACUCCAUGAGCUGCCAGAAAGAUUUAUUACUGGCCUCUGUGGGAAAACCAUCUAACCAUGUAACUAACACAGUGAUCCCAGCUGAUUCCUUCAUUUUUAUGGUUAAAGUUCCCAACACAUUGCGCAGCCGCCCCCAUGGACAGGAUUUUACGAACUGCAGCCUGCCAAUAGGAUUCAGGCAGAGUCGUCUUGGGGGAGUGGAGCUAGAGUUGAUCAACACCUCAGAGGACAAGACCAACUGGGAUUCACAAAGGAAAUCAGUGGGCGAGAUCAGCGAUCAACAUGUGGAGCAGCUUCAAGAUGAGAGAAAAGCAGUUCAGAAGAGAACCUUCACCAGGUGGAUGAACCUGUUUCUGCAGAGACGUGAUCCUCCAGUUGAAGUACAUGACCUGUUCAUAGAUUUUCAGGAUGGCAGAGUACUCAUGGCCUUGCUGGAGGAGCUAUCUGGGUGCAAACUACUUUACAGGUUUAGGUCGUCUUCUCACCGCAUUUUCAGACUGAACAACAUUUCCAAGGCCCUGGCUUUCCUAGAUGAUAGACAUGUGAAGCUGCUUGGCAUUGAUGCCUCUAGUAUUGCUGAUGGCAUCCCCUCUGUUGUUCUUAACCUUGUCUGGAACAUCAUCCUGCACUUCCAGGUAAAGGAGGUGACGAGAGGCCUCCAGAGGCAUUUGUCUCGUAGUCUCUCUUCCUUAUCAAUGAACAGUUACCCCUCCUCCAGUGACCUCUCACCCCAGCCAAAUGACAUUGGCAGCUACUCCUGCAACACCCUGCCAAGCAAAGGCAGAAAGGCUGCCAGGGAGCCAAAGUACCAUGGGAAAGCAAUCAAGACUCUCCUGCGAUGGGUCCAAAGAUGCACAUCAAAGUUUGGGGUGGAGGUGCAUGACUUUGGGAGGAGCUGGAGAAGUGGACUGGCAUUCCUAAUUAUCAUUAAGUCCAUAAACCCAGACUUGGUUGACCUGAGGGAGAGCUUGUCCAGAGAGCCAAGAGAAAACAUUCAGCAGGCCUUCACAAUAGCCCAUCACAGUUUGGACAUAAAACCUCUUCUGGAGCCUGAAGAUGUGAUGUGCACCUCACCAGAUGAGCAGUCCAUCAUUACCUAUGUGUCAAUGUUCCUGAGGCACUGUUCAGACAUAGAUGAGGAUCCCGUUCCUGUCCCUGAGAUCCCAAAUUUUGGAUCCCUUGAAUCAAUCUGCUUUGGAGAGACGCUUGCUGAUGAUGCAGAGGCUAAAUCUUUGCUCAGAGGCUUGGGAAAGAGCAGCGAACAGCUCCUGUGGAAACGGUGGUCCAGAAGAUCCUCAGGGAGCCCUCGUGCCACCUCGAUUCACACGAAUGGAGCACUCACAUCUGACCUCUCCUCCAGCAACAGCGACAUCUUUUCAUCCUGUUGUAGCCAAAGCAUCACUGAGCAAUCUUCCACCUCGCCAUUCAACAAGAAGAAGGGAAGGAUCAGAAGCAUUUUAAAGCCACCAAGUCCGCUGGAUGCAGGCGUAGUCAGCCAGGAGAUCUGUUCGUGGAUGGAGAAAGGUUCGGAUCAGGUCCAGAGCAAGCUAAGAGUGGAUGAGAGUUGUUUUUCUUUGAGCUCAGAGGAAGGAAUCUACAGUUUGUCAGCACUGGACUCAGAUGAGGAGGAUGCCUACAGCUACAUCCUGGAUCUGAACAAAGAAGUUUUUCAACCAUACAAUCAGCUGAAAAGACAAGUACCAAGGGUCGAAGAGGAAACAGCAGAAGAAAUGGAUGAAGGGUCAAAACAUCCAGAAGUGUGUGAGAUGUUAAAUGGGAGUGGAUGUAAACUUCAGGAAGGCUCCCUUGUACAAAAUGCAGGUUUUGAUCUAGUAUCUGAAGUCAGGCCUCAGUCAGUGGCUCACAGGAAGUUUGAUUUGGGCAAAAAAGAAAGUGGUUUCAGAGAGAUGACAGAUGAUAGACCAGUGUUUGACACGGAGCCAGAGGAUGAAAGCAGUAUAACAGAGGAGCCUGAGGAGGAGAGAGUUGUUAGAGUACAGAUUAAUGAUUAUCGUUAUUAUGGUGGGGAAGAGAGGGAGGAGGAGGAGACAGAAAAUGUGAGAUCACUGACAUGUGGAUAUGAUGAAAUAGAGGUUCUAGUAAAUGAAGCAGAGAAAGAAAAGAUUUCCGAAAUGGCUAGUUGGCCUAAAGAGGCUGAGGAAGACAAUGACAGAGAGCCUUCUGUAAAAUGUGUACAAGUGAGUGAGAAGAGAGUAGGUGAUGAAGAAGAAGAGGAAAAUUUGACAACAUUUGAACGAGUGCAAAACAGAAAGUUAGGGAAAGAAAAAGAGAAAGAGGGUAAUGUAAAGAAGGAGGAGAAGGGGAAUCAACAAAGUAUGGUGAGUUUAGAGGGUUUCAGCGUUGGAGUAAAUGAAACAAUAUUAACUGAUGAAGCUGUACAUGAAGUCAGAGGCAGGGGUGCAGCUAGAAUUCACACAGGAGAAAAAAAUGACAGGAUAGACACUGCCCCCAAAAUGGAAGAUUCAGCCAAGAGUUGUAAAGAUGAAGACACAGACGAAGUCACAAAUUCUAUGGAUUUUGAGGCAGUGACAACAGUAGAGGAGAAAGACAGGGGACUGAAGAUGAGGAAACGUAAACUAACAACAAUAGACCAUCAGGAGGAAACUAACCCAACAAAUUACACUGAUGGAGGUGGUAACAUCCAUGCUGGUGAUAACAGUGGGACUUCUUCCUACAGUGCAACCUCUCACUCAGUCAGUGAGGGAGGAUUCAUUCUUCAGUCUGUAGCAGCCUCUUGUGACAUAACCCCAUUAGAGCUGGAAAUGCUUUUGGUCCUGUGGAUCCUAAUCUACUGCUUCCUCAUCGUACCUCAAAUGAACCUCUGAGCCCUCCUGCAGUGAACCCCUUCCUAUAAAGAUAUGCUUAUUAGCCCAGUUUCCACUAAUGAGCCAAACAGGGACACUUAGGGCAGGGUUGACUCUUUAUCUGUGUCACUAAAUUUCCCUCAAGGCAACGUUUAAUGAUUAUAUUUGCUUUUUGCUGCCAGCAGAUAUCAUUUGUUACUUGGGCCAUAGUUUCAGAUAAACACAUAAUUCUGUUCCCUGUUGUUUAACAGGUUUUCAGCUGCUUAGUCUUCUGCUACUCACAUUAUUAGACAUGAUUUGUGAGAUGUUUUCUCUGAAUGUGUGAAUGUGUUGAUUUGAUUUAUUGUUGAUAGCAGAAACACUCCACAUGGUGGCAUUGCAGUAUCACAACAGCAACUGUCUUACAUGACAGACUGUCCAUGCAACAUUCUGUUGACUGCUGAGCACUCCAUAGGGCAUGCUGUGUAAUUAGAAGCUGUAUUGACAUGGUGAGAUUAAGCUGAUAAUAUAUAAUGAGCACUUUGACAUUUCAUAGACUCACCCACUGUGUCACUUGUGGCUUAGAAUGUAUACUGUUACAUUGUUUUCAUCUCAGAUACUGUAUGAUAAAGUUUAUCAACAAUUCAGGCUUUUCUCAUGACAUUUUUAUAAGAUAUAAAUAAUAAAGCAAAUAUGUAUUCUGUGUCA